AUGCAGUACUUUACUCUUGCCGCUCUUACUACCCUCAUCGCCUCGGCCGCCGCCGUCGGCAAAGCCGUUGUUAAGAACAACAGCCAGGAUACCAUCUACGUCUGGUCUGUUGGCGCCGAAAUCAGCGAAAAGCAGACCGUCGAGCCCGGCAAAUCCUGGUCUGAGAAGCUCCACACCGACCCCACCACCGGCGGCAUCGCCAUCAAAAUCACCACAAAGGACGACGGCAUCUUCAAUGGCGCACCCCAGCAGAUCUUCGCCUACAACCUCGUCGACGACGCCGUGUGGUACGAUCUCAGCACCGUGGACGGAAACCCCUUCGAGGGUCAGCACAUCACCGUUACCAACCGCCGCCACGAGACCAUCGACUGGCCCCAGGGCACGAACCCUGGCGGCGAGUUCAGCCAGAUCAAAGCCGGCGACCGGGAGAAGAACGUCGUGUUCCUUGUCGGCGCGGGCGAGUCGUAG